ACGCGCUACACACACGCGUCUCUUCUCCGUACCACCAGUUGCUGCAUAUACCCAUGGCCCCAUCCCAGAAAGCGAAGGAGAAGGAGGUCGCCGAGCCUGAGGAGGAGCGCCCCGAGCCCGGCGACGGCGAGGAGACUGGCUCCGAGGGCUCUGAGGACGAGCCCGAGCCCACCGGGUCCAGUCUGCCCGAGUCGAGCAUGCCGUCGACGUCGAGCAAGAAGAAAAAGAAGAAGCGGUCCAAGGCGAUGAAGGCCCUGAACGCGCUCCGCUCUGGUGGCAAGGACGGGAUCCCGGAUGCGCUGGUGAACACGGUUCUGGAGAGGGUGCGCCAGGAGGGCGGCGAGGAGGCUGCGAAGGCGGAUCCUGCGAGUGUGCGCGCGGCGCUGGAGCAGAUGAAGAUCAAGGAUGUCAUACAGGGCAAGGCGGGGAUCGGAGGCAAGAAUCAAAAGGAUAUGGGCGGACACAAGUUCUGGGCGACCCAACCAGUCCCCCAGCUUGGAGAGGAGGCCCCGGUCGCUGAUGGGUACAUCGAGCCAUCCAAGCCGCCAGAGGAAGUUCGCCAAGAGCCAUAUCCUCUGCCGAAGGACUUCGAAUGGACGACAGUCGACGUCAAUGAUCCCGCACAAUUACGGGAAGUGUACGAGCUACUCUCCGGACAUUACGUGGAGGACGACGUCGCGUCGUUCCGAUUUCAGUACUCCGCGCACUUCCUGCACUGGGCUCUCCAGCCACCAGGCUACUACAAGGAAUGGCACGUCGGCGUUCGCGUAGCAUCUAACAAGAAGCUCGUCGCGUUCAUCUCUGGUGUGCCCAUGUCCGUCCGUGUCCGAGACAACACCUUCAAGGCCAGUGAGGUCAACUUCCUCUGUGUACACAAGAAGCUGCGUUCCAAGCGGCUCGCGCCCGUCCUGAUCAAGGAGAUCACCCGGCAAUGUCACUUGAAGGGCGUCUUUCAAGCACUCUACACGGCCGGCUUACUGCUGCCCACCCCGAUCGCGACAUGUCGAUACUACCACCGCAUGGUCAACGUCAAGAAGCUCGUCGAGGUUAACUUCACCUCCGUGCCCUCCAGCAUGACGAUGGCGCGCCUCAUCCGGCUGAACAAGCUGCCUGACACGCCCAAGCUGCUCGGGCACGGCCUGCGCGAGAUGGAGGAGCGCGACGUGCCGCAGGUGACGGAGCUGUACGGCAAGUACAUGGACCGCUUCGGGAUGGCGCACAUCAUGGACGAGGAGGAGAUCCGCCAUUCCCUGCUGAGUGGACGCGGCGAGGGCCCGACGACGCCUGAUAGCUGGAAGACCCCGAGGGAGAAGCAGGUCGUGUGGACGUAUGUCGUCGAGAAUCCGGAGACGCACAAGAUCACGGACUACUUCUCGUUCUUCUCGCUGCCCUCGACAGUGAUGACGACUGACAAGCACAAUCUCCUUAACGCCGCGUACGUAUUCUACUACGGCACGGAUGUCGCGUUCAUCGAGGGCGCCGAAGAGGACGGCAGGCUUAAGAAGCGUUUGGAAGAGAUCAUGGGAGACUGCCUGGUUAUCGCAAGCCGCUGCGAGUUUGACGUCUUGAACGCACUGACCCACAUGGACAAUGUCGAAUUCCUAACGGACCUCAGAUUCCACACGGGAGACGGCAUGUUGAACUACUACCUAUACAACUGGCGGACUGCUCCUCUGGCAGGAGUCACCCCUGUAGGCGGAGUACCAGCCGGAAAGGGCAUCGGCGUCGUAAUGCUUUAAUUUGUCAAUGUAGCACAUAUGCAUGAGAAGACA